ACGCAUCUUUGUUCUACACCAACAACAAAAAGAUAUGCAAAAUCCAAUAGCCCUUGGUUUAAUAGCAGCACCCUUUCCUUGAUCUUUUUCAACCCAUCAUAGUCUUCUCCUCUCUUCCCCCCCUCCCUCUUGUCUUCACCGUCAAAAAGCUCUCACCACCUUUUCUCUGAUCUUUUCUCUUCUCACAAACAUCCUACAAAGUCGAUAACCAAGGAGCCAAGCCAUGGCUGCAUGUGGAAGUCUCCAACACAUCUUUGAAAACCCAUUGCCAGAAAACCCAACACUGCUUGAAUCACUCUCUUCUUGGAACCAGAUUAAACCUGUUAAACCUAUUGAACAGCCAUCGUUCACAGAGAUCUUUGGUGAACUUCAUUUCAAAGAGAAUUCUGAUUCAUCCCUAUCAUGCCUUCCCACUCCAUUAUUGUCACCAUCUUCGUCUUCGUCUUUGGUAGGCUUAACUUUGGGAAGAACCGGGGCCGAAAAGCUCAAUACCAGUGAUGGUUCAGCUGAGAGGGAUGAAAACAAGAGCCUGUCAAGGGACUCUUUCUUAGACUCCUCCUCGACCAAGUACUCCAGUCAUCAUAAAAGCAGUGACAGCUUCUCAUCAAUGAACUCUGACAGCCUGCAGCUGUGCACCGAGGGUCUUGGGUUUGAAAGCUCAGAUGAUGUUGAGGAGUUGAGGAGUGAGAUGAGCGAGGAUAAUCGGCAACACCCAGAGGAGAAAAUAAGUAUAACAAAGCAUCAGUUUGCAUCAAAGAAUCAAGGAGGUGAAUUCAGGAGGUCGAAGACAAGGGGUGGGGCAUUCCCUCCUCCAAUUUCUUCAAUCAGCAAGAGUGGGAAGCCUUGGGUUUGCUUCAAGUCUUUCAGGCAAGACGGUAGGUUUGUUCUCAAGGAGAUGAGGAUUCCCACCCAUGAGUUCCUGCAUGCAUGUAGAGAAGAUGGGCGCCUCAAGUUGCAGUUUGUUCAGCGGAAGGAUGAGAUUCUUGAAGAAGAAGAAGAAGAAGAAGAAGAUGAUGAGGAUGAAGAAGAAGAAGAAGAAGAAGAAGAAGAAGAAGAGGAUGAAGAUGAAGAAGGUCAAGAAGAGGCGGGCUUGGAGGAGGAUGAAGAAGAUGACAUUGGUGAAAACGACAAAGAUGGCAAGGAAGACGAUAAUGGAGUAAGAAAUGGGGAAGAGGGAAAAAAGGUUGAAGGCAACACAACGUGAGGUCUGACGCAUGAGUUUCGUCAUAGGUAGGAAGCCUCUUUGGCUGAUGCCAGUGGCACAGCCAUGCAGUUGUGCAUUCUACAGUUGUAUUUUUCUUCCCCAAACUGUUAUUCUCCAAUAAAGUGAUGAAAGAAAAGAUAAUCUGGCGUUGCCUUUUCGAGAGUAAAUUUUCUUUUCU